AGCCAUGCAUGUUUAUAUCCAUGCCCUUGUUUCCUUCUUUCAUCUACCUUCUGGGUGAUGAACUCUGGCUGGUUAUGGAGUACAUGGAUGGAGGUGCCCUGAGCGAUGUCAUCAAUGAGACUCACAUGUCUGAAAGAGAGAUUGCAGCCGUCAGUCGGGAGUGCCUGCGAGGACUGGAUUUUCUUCACUCCAACCACAUGAUCCACCGAGGUCUGAAGAGCUGCAACAUCCUUCUCAGAACCGAUGGCUCUGUCAAACUGGCUGACUUUGGCCUCUUUGCUCAGCUCACUCCUGAGCAGAGUAGACAGAGCUCCGUGGCCAGCACUUCUGGGUGGAUGGCGCCUGAAGUGGUGACAGGUCAGCCAUAUGGCCCCAAAGUGGACAUAUGGUCUUUUGGAAUCGUGGGCAUUGAAAUGGUGGAAGGAGAAGCUCCUUACUGGAAAGAAACUUCUGGCAUGUGUUGGAGCUCUGUCUCUGAAGGACAAAAAUUUUUCAGUGGAAUGGUUGGAUGUGUGGGACCUCUGCGGGCUCUGCAGGCGCGGCAGGGCGCAGCGCAGGUGCUCGGCCGCUGGGCUCAGGUCCUGCAACAGCUGCGGGGAGCGCUGGGAGGGAAGGCCCGGCGCGGGCUCUGCCCCUCGGCCGGGCGCUGCCCGAGCCGGGCACCGGCCCAGCCGGCCCGCACGGCCCAGGGCAGGGAGCGGCAUGCGGGGCGCAGGCUGGCGGCCCCGGGUGCGGCGCUGGGCAGGGGCACAGCUGCCAGCCCCCCACGCCGAGCACCGGGGCCAGGGGGCUUCUCCAGCCUGCGGCUGGCGCUGCCGGUCUCCGUCACAUGA